CGCGCGCAUCGGGCACACGUUACUCGCUUCUCGCGCGAAACACAUCACAAAAAAUAAACAAAAAAAAAUGUGUAAUAUGUGCACUCGUGACGUCACCGCGGACAGUGCGCCCCCGCCGCCGCCGCCCAAGACAAGUAACAGUUUGGAACGGAUGAAGAGGAAGCAUGGGAUAGUCACGGACCCCGAAAACGAGGAGAAGCAGAAAGAGGUGGCGUACCAACCUGACCUGCUGGCGGUCUCCACGCAGUACUCUAAAGUGGCCUACGACAUCUUCAAGUCGACGAUGGUCCGCGUGCAAGAAACGAAGGCUUAUGUGAUCCUGACGCGAACAUCACAACCCUUCCACCUGGCGCUAGCAGCGCUAGUGGUCCUGGCCUGGCUGGCGCGGCCCGGCAGCACGGGCAAUCUGCGCGGCUGGCGCGCGCUCUACGUCAUCGCCGUGGCCAUCCACCUCGGCUCGCAAGUCUGGAUGACGUUAGUCUCCGGCAUUGUGCUAUACUUCAACCUGCCCCGGCACGAGUUCGGGCGCGUGCAGACGACGCUGUUCCCCGUGUACUACGCCUUCAAUGCCUGCGUGAGCCUCGUCGCUCUGCUCGCCUACUUCCGCACGCAGACCAUCACGCGGUUCGAGACCACUAGCUGGAUACAGUUCGCGCUGCUGACGGCGGUGUUCGCGAUAGAGGCGUACGUGCGCCUGCGCCUCGUGAGCCCCAUGCUGCGCGCCAAGCACAUCAAGACCUCCAUGGAGGAGGCUGCCGGAGGCGGCCAGGAGGUUGGUCGCCUGAUCCUCGGCGAGCUCGCGCACUGUCCGCGCUACCUCCGCGUCCUCAAGGCGUUCCGCGCGUACCACUCCACCAUCGCCGUCGGCACCAUGCUGACGCUCGGCUGCUCGCUAUACUCCACCAUGGUGAUCGUCGAUACCAUGUGCCGCUAGUCCUGGACGCUGUGAUGACAGUCACAGACACCCACGGAUGAAAGCACGAGACAACCUGCUAGUUUAAGUACGGGGCAACACUAUGUAUAAAAUGUUUUUUAAAGCUGACUCAAUUGACAAAACCAAUGGUAACAUGCGAACAGCGCAGUAUUGGUCAGAUUUUUUUAUAGUGUUGCUCAGUAGCUAAAUAAAUUUAUCUGUUACUAUAAUCAGAUGUAAAAUGAUAAAUCAAGUAGUUUUGAUCGGAUUUUCGAAUGUAAAAUCUAGUCAAAAUCUACCUCAAAAACCACAACUAAUAACAUAUCUAUAACUACACAAAUGUUAUACGUUUUCAUCAUAAUAAAAAGAUAAUGUAGUUAUUACAACGAAAUCAGUAUUCCUAUUAAUAAUAUUGUUAAUUAUCUAAAAAGCUGUAUAAUUAAAGCUUAAAAUCGGUUAAAAAUAAAAAUCUUAUUACUGCCAAGCGAUGCUUGUGAAUUUGCCAAUUAUUAUUUCGGUAGUUUUUAGUAGGUAUAGGUAUUUAAUUUACAAUUGUAUUAUUUAAGAUUAAUUUGUAUUUAAUUAAAAUAAUGCAAAGUAGGUAGGGGCUCGGGCUGUGAAGUCUAUAUUUUUUAGAUAGGAAAUUGACGAAUUUGUGUGAUGUAGAAAAGAUACUCUGGAAGCGCUGGUCGCUCGUAGUUCGAAAAAAGUGUGAAACUUUAGUUCCAAAUUGUAUAGGCUUAAGGCUCAUACACUGUGGUUGUGAAUUUGAACGUUUACAUUUAUGUAGCUCAUUUUAAAAUAUACUUUUCACGAGCUACAAAAAUGUAGACGUAAACAGACAUUUAGGUAGUCUACCUACGGAUCUUGCCAAGGUCUGAACGACCUAUUGUAUUAAGAAUUUGCAGCCGGAGCCAUCGGAGCUGCUUGAUGUUGAAACUCUAGUUGUUCGCUCUCUAAUUUCCUGCAAAGGUACUGCCAUGAAUAAUUUUAAGUGUAGUGUACAUAUAUGUAUUAAAUAAUGUUUUGGCGAAACUGUAGUGUUGCCAGCGUUGCGACGAUCCUAGUGCGCAGGAAGUUAGGGCUGCAACUACGCGCGAUGGCGCCAAAAGCAGUCACUAUUUCGAUUUUGCACUGUCUCAGUAAAGCUGUUCAUGAUGUUCAUGGAUUUACGAGGUGUAUAUAAGCGCGAUGUGAUACAGGAGCAAGAAUCUUGGCGUUGACUGCGUGUGUUUGGCGCUUUGCGCGAUAUUUUGUGCAGAAUGCGACAGAAAGGUCUAGUCGUGCGAGAGUGUCACAAAUUACUCGCACGUCGAUUGUGAUGCGCUGAGCAUUUGUAUGAAAGUGAUUAAUAGACCUUCCCGUAGCUAUCAAGCAGCAUAAAGAAUUAACAGGGGGUUUAUUUAAUUCCAUGCUUACUUCUAAAAGUAGAGCUACUCGUCAUUUUGUCUCGGUGUGAGAAAAAUAAGCGUUUGCUCUACAUUUAUAAAUAAGCAUUAGCCUUAUUACUGUUGUAAUUUAUAGUUAGUCUAAGUUUAUCAGAGCUAUAAAACUUUGAAUGCUAACGAUAGAUAAUAAAAAGAUGAUAUUAAACCUUUAAGUCAUGUACAUACUAGACGAAAUGCAUCAAUAAAAUAUAUAGUAUCCUCAGUUCCAAUCAUAAAGAACCGAUUAGAUCUAUUACCCCUAGGAGGCUCUCUGUGACCCCGGCCGGAUUAUCGAAGAUCCACAACUUUUAUCUGGAUUCAACGCAAUAGUUUUCAAUUCCAGAAUAUAUUAACUGUAUUAGACAGGAAUAAAGUACAUAUCAUUAAUUGCCAAUAGUGUUUAAUGCUUGAUAUUUUUGCAUUUGAAUUAUUUUGUUACGUUGUGAUGAUAUUUCGUGAAACUGAAAACGACUCUUGCUCGGGCUUUACUACGGGCCGGCCGUUAAAGGAGUGGAUCUAAUUUGUUCUUUAAUAUUUUAUUUUUAACAAUGAUCUGAAUGUUAGAAUGUAAGUUUUGUUAUUUAUUUGGAAGAAUGAAAAAAACUAUUCAAAUACAAACCUAUAAAGAA